CAAGCUUCCAACCACCUUAUCCAAGCCCCAAGAUGGCCUGCGUUGCACCCGACUCGCUCCAAGCUCGACUGCGCCGCGGAGACAUUCCUUGCCGCGGCGUGAACCUCGGCGGUUGGCUCGUGGCUGAGCACUGGAUGGCAUGGGACUCGUGUCUGUGGCACGGCGUGCCCGACAUGAUCAAGAACCAGGGCGAGUUCGCGACCAUGAAGUUCCUCGGCCACGAAGAGGGCGAUCGACGCUUCGACGAGCACCGACGCACAUGGAUCACGGAGUACGACAUCGCCGAGAUGAAGCGCUUCGGACUCAACACGGUGCGGGUUCCCGUGGGCUUCUGGAUCAUGGGCUUCGACCCGACGGACUUCCCCAACAAGCAGGAGUGGAAGGUGUUCGCUCCCCACGCGCUGCACUACCUGGACGAGCUGGUGAACCACUGGUGCGUCAAGUACGACCUGGCGGUGCUCGUGGACAUCCACGCCGCCAAAGGAUCGCAGAACGGCCGUGACCACAGUGCCGCAGUGGACAGCGGCGCCAAGUACUGGAGUCAGUACCCGGAGAACGUGGACAACACCGUGUACCUGGCGAACUUCCUCGCCUCGCGCUACCGCUACUGCCCGUCGUUCCUUGGUAUUGGGCUGCUGAACGAGCCUGAAGUGCCCACUGACCCGAACGUGCUGCGUGGAUACUACGAGCGAGCGUACUCGGAGAUCCGAGCUACGGGUAACGACUGCGUGCUCACUAUUGCGCCGUUGCUGACUGAGCAGAGUCCGCCCUUUAUGGAGGAUUUCAUGCGCUACCCAAAGUUCUUCAACGUGUGGCACGAGUGGCACCCGUACUUCAUCUGGGGCUAUGAAGGGCAGCGACGUGAGCAAGUCCUGGACGCGGUCCGUCGCUACGGCAACCAGAUCUCGUCGUGGGGAGGCAAUUGGCUUCUCAUUGAUGAAUGGAGUUUGGGCGCUCAAGGAUGCGCCUUCCCCAGUGAAGACCGCCAUGGACUGCAGCAGUUCGCCUCGGCUCAACUAGAAGCAUUUAGCAAGGCGCACUCGGGCUGGAUCUUUUGGUCUUGGCGCCACUCGGACGACGGACACAACCGUCCGACGGGCUGGUCCAUGCGGCAGUUGUUGCGUGACGGCGUCGUGAGGCUCUAUGAAGUCUAA